UCAGAAGAGUCCGUGCUUCUGUGUAUAAAUACAGACGUCUUACUGUAAGUGUUCAAUAAACGGGAGGGACAAUUUACAGCAGACUCACAGCUGAGAAAUGGCCUCAAACAUGGAGAAAACUUUGAAUGGAGUGAAUUCCUGUGAUAACCAGUGCCAUAUGGGUGAUCCCAGGCUUCCAGUGAAAUGUCCUUCAGUUUUCAUAGACAAUUUUGUCCUUAAUGGCCCCACCGUGGACGUACACGCAGCAGAGAGCUUCAUCCACCAAGCCAUGGAAAUUAUUCUGGAUGAGGCAGUGACAAAGGCCACUAAUGUCAGAGAAAAGGUCUGUGAGUGGCGUUCCCCCGAGCAGCUGAAAGACUUGUUGGACCUGGAGCUGAGAGACGGAGGAGAGUCUGAGUCCAAGGUUCUGCAGCGCUGCAGAGAUGCCAUCAGAUACAGCGUCAAGACCACCCAUCCUCGUUUUUUCAACCAGCUGUUUGCAGGCUUGGAGCCAUAUUCCACAGCGGCCAGCUUCAUAGUGGAGACUCUCAAAACCAGUCUGUACACUUAUGAGGUGGCUCCAGUCUUUACCCUGAUGGAGGAUACUGUGAUGAGGAAGAUGAUAGAAAUGAUCGGCUGGGAGGAAGGAGGCGAUGGUCUCUUUAACCCCGGUGGCUCAAUGUCCAACAUGUACGCUGUGAACUUAGCCAGGUACAGUCACUGUCCUGACAUUAAAGAGGUCGGACUCUCCGGCUCUGCGCGACUGGUCGUCUUCACAUCACAGGAGGCUCAUUACUCCAUCUCCAAAGCAGCAGCUUUACUGGGCAUCGGCACUAAGAACGUUUACGUGGUUCCAUCUGAUAAGAGAGGAAAAAUGAUUCCCUCGGUUCUGGAGGAGCAAAUAAAAGCCGCUAAAAGUGAGGGUGCCGUGCCCAUCAUGGUAAACGCCACAGCAGGGACCACAGUGCUCGGAGCUUUUGAUCCCAUUGAUGAAAUCGCAGACAUAUGUGAGAAGUACAACCUGUGGCUGCAUGUGGACGCCUGUUGGGGAGGAGCAGCUCUGAUGUCCAAGAAGCAUAAACACUUGUUAAAGGGCAUCCACAGAGUCAACUCUGUGGCCUGGAACGCUCAUAAGAUGCUGAUGGCAUGUCUGCAGUGCUCUGCUUUCCUGAUCAGGGAUAAAACGAGUCUCCUCCAGCGCUGCCACUCUGCUCAGGCCUCCUACCUCUUCCAGCAGGAUAAGUUCUAUGAUGUCAGCUACGACACAGGGGACAAGUCCGUCCAGUGCAGCAGGAAGCCGGACGCCUUCAAGUUCUGGCUCAUGUGGAAGGCUUUGGGAACCAGAGAGCUGGAGCAGAGGGUGGACAGAGCCCUCGCCAUGGCCAGGUAUCUUGCUCAAGAGAUCAAGAAAAGAGAAGGAUUCCGUCUGGUGAUGGAACCUGAAUAUGCAAAUGUUUGCUUCUGGUACAUUCCACCAAGUCUGAGGAACCUUCCAGAUGGUCCUGAGCUCUGGAAACAACUCCACACUGUGGCUCCUGUGGUGAAAGAGAGCAUGAUGAAGAAGGGCAGUAUGAUGGUGGGCUACCAGACCCACCGUGACAAGCCCAAUUUUUUCAGGAUGGUGGUCAUCAGCCCUCAGGUCAGCAUGGAGGACUUGGACUUCGUCCUGGAUGAGAUACACAAUCUGGGAAAAGACUUGUGAUGAAUAAUUCAUGUCUAUGUAGAGCUUUUCAUUCAUCUGUCACAGAUGGACUUGCCAGGACAUUCUCCCCACAUUAGAGCAAGAGUGGUUACUGCUCCGCAGGGUUUCCAAGGGGCGUUAAAAUGUCUUGAAUACGACGUUGACAGGCCCUAAAAAUGGAUUGGAAUGUUACAAUCAUAAAGUUGCAUUAACUUGAGUCUUACUUUUAAAUGUGUUUUUGUGAAACAUUUGUAUUGAUCAUGCUGUAACACCUACAAAACAAAACCAACAUGGACCCCAUUACCACUAAUGCAAACUGUGCAGCCACAGUCAGAAUUUAUCAGAGCACACCUGGUUUUCAUGUCGUCAUGUGGUGUGCGGGGUAAUGUGGUGUCUCCACUCAAAAAAUAUUGCUACUUCUAGAAGUAGGAAGUUAAAAUUGUUUCUGUUAACAUUACUGUCAUCUACAAGGGUUAAGUGCAGGUUCUGCAAGAUCUGACUCGAGAACAGCACAUUUAGCACUUAGUUAAAGACUUGAAAAAUAAUGAAUUAGAAGCCGUCUGCAGCUUGUGAAAGGAAAUGCUCAGAUUAGGAACUUUUUGUAUAGGAAGGACUGAAAAACUAGCUGCAAAAAGCCACAAAUAAACGUGUGCCAUCACCCAGUAUUGUUCUGUAUUCACAUCGGGAGCAACACCAAAGUCAGGCCCCAGCGUGAACCACUCUGCAUAUAACAACUCCAAUAAGUGGAGCCCCGAUACUGUUUGGACCUACAGCAACAUUGAAAGCGGAGAUGCUCUGGACUGUACUCAUAUUAAUGAGCUCAAGAACAUAAAGGAGAUUGCGGCCUAGGCAGAAGAGCUCAGAUCAAUGUAGCCUAGUUCUUGUGUACACACAUACACGUACACACAGUUCUGUGUAGUCAUAUAAAGUUGUUUGCAAGUAAUUCUGGGAAGACUUUUUGUGCCAGGAUGUGAAAUAGGUCCUAAAUUGUGUUGAUAAUGGUCUUAAAAAGUCUUCAAUUGAACUUGAACCCUGUAGAAGUAUUAAUAAAUGUACGUACCAUAAUGAAGCUUUCCAUAGGCAUAUUAUAUACUGUAGAACUGUAUGAACUGAAUAGAUGAUGAUUACAAAUGUGCUUUAAUGUCCGUAAAAUUUCUGAUACAAUUUUACAAAUAAAUAUCAAGCAACUAAAAUAAAUGCAAAAUAUUCAACACACGUUA